AAUAUUUAAGCUUUCAAUGUUACUCCACUGACAUCGCAUAGCAGGCGUAGCACAAUGUUUGAUUUAAUUUCCUUGAAUAUGGUCAGUUUACUUUUCAAAGUCAAAGUGAACAAGCCAAAAAUUAUAUAUCAGUCAUAUUUCAAUUCAAAAAUAAUACGUAUAUUACGAGUACAGCCAUGAAUUGUAUAACCCUGAAGAGAUCUUUAAGUUCCGAUGACGAUUCGCCUUUUACAUCUACCGCAAAAAGAAAGAAAGAAAAAAAUAAAUUAAGAAAGUUACCAGGUGUAUCCUUAAAGCGCUCCCAAGCUUUCGGAGACUAUUUCCAGGAUUCUUCUCCAGCAAAACGAGCAAAACAUCAGUUCCAGGAAAAGGAUAUUAAGAAGGACCAGAAACCAAAGGUUCCAAGCGACUUUUUGAAAGAUUUGCCCAUACUGCACGAUUCCGAUUCCACUGAUUUUGACGAAGAUACUCGAGCAGCCGAAAUCGUAAAGACAAAGAUAGUAGCUAGGGAUAAUCAAAAUAUGUUUACUUUUGAGCAACUGAAGUCCAUUUGCUGCGAUAUGAUGAAGAAAUGCGAGGAUCGAGUAAAACAGGAAUUUGAAAGAGACUUAACCCAGAAACUGACAGAACAAUACGAUACAUUCAUCAAGUUCACUCACGAUCAAAUGCUUCGUGAAAGUGCGAAUAGUUUUAGUUAUUUGACAUAGUUAAACAAAUUGUUUUCAUUAUUCUUGUUAUAUUCGAAGGCUUGAUCUUUCUUUUUUGAAAAUUAUUGUUAAUAAAAAGUGUGUGAGGAUAAAAAUGGUAGUAUUUAAUAAAAAUGGAGUUUGCUUUGUACUACGCUAUCAUAUUUUACCUUUCCCACAAUCACCAGAGUUCAUGAUUAUUAAAAAUUAAUUAAAAAAUCAGAUUAAAACAUUGAAAAGCUUUCAGAAACUUUUCGUUCAGCUCUCUAAGUAAUUCCUUAAUUGUGCAUAAAGCUGUUAAGGCCCACAAACAGCAAAAGCCAAAUGUGGCCAAGUUU